AUGAAAAAAAAAAAAAAAAAAAACCAAACCCAAUCCAAAAAAGAAACCAAAUUUCACGCCAUCCUUUGCCAAUAAAAUCAUCCGUCCUUCCUCUUCACUGCCGCAUUCGUAUCGUAUCGUAUCGUAUCGGACGCUCCCUUCCCUUCACUCUCCCUGAAAAGCAGAGACAAAAGCAUCAAUGGUGGAACCCAAAUCCCCAUCUCCAUUUCACCUCCGAUAUAUCCCUCUUUACUGAUCCUCUCCCUUCUCAACUCUCUCUCUCUCGCUCUCAAAGCCAAGUUCUUCUGCAGCUUUAACGAAGGGCAAGUUCUGCAGCUUUAACGAAGGGCAAGAAAUGCAGAGCCUAUCAUCUUCUUCUCCGUCGACCCUUCUCCUCUCUCCAUCUCCAUCCCUCACCUGCUACUCCUCCGGCAACAACACUCUCGCCGACAUCGCCGCCCGCGUCGUCCACGAGCUCUCCCUCCAAGAUCACGGGCUAGAAGGCGACCUCGCUGACCCAGAGGAGCUCUUCUUCCAUGAGCCCCAACCGGAGCUUCCCCUUCUCCAGUUACAACACCAACAAGAAGAAGAAGAAGAAGAAGAAGUCGACGACGACGAGGAGGUCUACCAUGACGGCGAUGAAGAGUUUGAGUUCUCCUUCGUGUGCGGUGUCCCCGAAUCGUCCCCGGUUUCUGCCGACGAGAUCUUCCACAACGGCCAAAUCAGACCCAUGUACGAGUACUCCUUGCCCGCUACUCUCAGCCGUCCUCCUCUUGCCCACCGCCGCCGCCAGGAAGCUGUGAAUCAGGGGAGGCCCCGCCGCCCGGCUCUGAGGUUUCUCAUGGGCGAGGACGACCCGAGAGUAGGGGAGCCGCCGGAGCCCGGGUUUUCGUGCUCGUCCUCCGAGUCGGAUGAGCUCGAGGGGGUCGACCCGGGUACUUACUGCGUGUGGGCCCCGCGGGAGGCCUCGCCGGGGCGUGAUCGGUGCAGGAAGAGCAGCUCGACGGGGUCGGGCUCCAGGCGGUGGAAGCUGAAGCACCUCCUACUGAACCGGAGCAACAGCGACGGGCGCACCGACGCGCUGGCCGUGCCGCCGCCGACGACUAAGGGGGCGGACGGUGACUGCGGGAAAGUUGGCGGGGUGACGGAAGGGCAGGGGAGGAGGUCCUAUUUGCCGUACAGAACCGAUUUGGUCGGCUUCUUUUCCAACGUCAAUGGGCUGAGCAGAAAUUUGCAUCCUUUACGAUGAGUUUUUUUUUUUAUAGCAUUUUCCAUUUUUCUUCCCUUUUUUUUAAAUAGUGUAUAUUCGGGGGUGUUUUGAAUUUUUAUCGUUAAUUAUGUAAUUUUGAUAGUCUGUUUCUUUUUUCUUGUGAUAUUGUUUUCCGAUUUCGAUGAAGGAAGAAAUGCAAUUUUCAAUUUUUUGAUUUCUCAAAAAAUUAGGGAAUUUCUUUUCCUUCCACAUAAAGUCCUUGUGGA